ACAACUUUGAUGGAAUAUGCAAAUUUAAUUCCGAUUUUUGAGCAUCAAGUUUCGGAGAUCAAUCAAAAAUAGCAACAAUGUUGAAAUGGUGAUUUGAAUUCAUGUCGACCACUACUCUCCCUCUCCCUCUCUUUCUACGCUCAAAAUUCCUUUCCGAAUCCCUCUCUCUGUUCAUUGAUUCCAAUAAGCUUCAUGGAAAAUGAUCAAGAAUCCCCUGCUUCUUCUACCAGUAGUAAGACAAACGAGCGAACGUUGCAACGAUCGAAGAUGUUGGAAGUUUCAAUUGUAGAGAAAUUGGAUCGGCAAGACUCUGCGGAUAUGGCUACAUAUGGUCCUAUUGAGAUUGAAACGUCCGGAAGCAAUGAUUCAGGCGAUAUUGAUAGUCAAAAUCAAUCAAAAGAUCAGACAAAUCAAGCUGCGGGGACUCCCAGUAUAGGGAGCAGAUCAAGACCGCGUGGAUUCUCCGACUCUUUUGCUUCUCAUGAGUUGAGAUUAUUAGAUUUGGAAGAUGAAACCAAAGAUGUGGCAUCUCCAAGAGGGGUGCUCGAGGAUUGCUCGAGAAGCUUAGAUUCUGAAACAACUACUUCUCGGGCCAGCACUUCCGAUUGGGAAGGUCAUCCGGACUCGAGAAAUCCAAGUCAUUGGAGAGGGUUCUUUCGUUUACUGAAGAAAGGACCUCAAAUGCGAUUUCAGACCUUUCCUCCUCUUAAAGCUGUUCCAAAACUCACCAGAAGAAAGAGCAAAAGAAUUAGAGAGGAUAUGAUUCCAGUAGUAUCACCAGUGAUGGACUCUUCUAUAGAAACCGAGUUUUGCUAUUUCAGAUCUUCUUGGAAAAAUUUCACCCUUUCAGAGCUUGAAGCUGCAUGCAAUAACUUCAGCCAAGAAAACUUGAUUGGCGAGGGUGGUUAUUCUGAAGUUUACAAGGGUCAGUUGGAAGAUGGACAACUUGUCGCGAUCAAGCGGCUUAAUAGAGGUAGCCAAGAGGAGAUGACUGCAGACUUCUUGUCUGAGCUUGGAAUUAUUGUUCAUGUUGAUCAUCCUAAUAUCGCGAGCGUAAUUGGAUACGGCGUUGAAGGUGGAAUGCACCUUAUACUUCAUUUAUCACCCCAUGGGAGCCUGGCAUCCAUACUUUACGGGCCAAAGGAGAGACUGGAUUGGUCGACCAGGUAUAAGAUUGCUCUUGGAACCGCUGAAGGUCUCCUUUAUCUUCAUGAAGGCUGCCAAAGAAGAAUAAUCCACAGAGACAUUAAGGCCGCUAAUAUAUUGCUUAGGGAUGAUUUUGAGCCUCAGAUAUCUGACUUCGGGCUUGCAAAGUGGCUCCCAGAUCAAUGGACUCACCAUACUGUGUCAAAAUUUGAAGGCACAUUCGGGUACCUUCCUCCCGAGUUCUUUAUGCAUGGCAUUGUUGAUGAGAAAACGGACGUCUAUGCCUAUGGAGUACUUUUAUUGGAACUCAUUACCGGACGACGAGCACUGGAUAGCUUACAGCAAAGCCUUGUGAUGUGGGCUAAACCCCUACUUUCUAAACAGAAUCUCAAGGAACUUGUUGAUUUAUCUCUUGUCGACGCAUUUGACUCCGAACAAAUGAAACGAAUGAUAUCAAUAGCUUCAAUGUGCAUAAAUCAAUCUUCAAUUCUACGGCCGGAAAUGAGUGAGAUUGUUCAAAUUCUGAAAGGGGAUGGAGUUUAUAAUUUGGAGCUUGUAAAACGACAGAAGUCUAAACUUCAAAGGACAUACUCCGAAGAGCUUUUGGAUGCAGAAGAAUACAAUUCUACCAAAUAUUUAAGUGAUAUUGAUCGACAUUUGGAGAUUGUUUUAGGUACUUGUCAUAUUGAUGUUUAGAUUAUUUAUUUUUACCUUGACAAGUACUUUUACUUUCAAAAAUAAAAAUAAAAAAAGAAAAAAAGAAAGAAAGAAAAAUGAAAGAUAAAAAAAAAAAAACACUUACAUGAUAUAAUUUAUAUAUGAUAUUUUGCAUUUAUAUUCGAUCAUAAUAUACGAUCUUGAUGUUUCAAUUUUUUUUUUUUUUUUAUUCUUAUUCUUUUCUGUUUGUAGAUAUUGAACUCAUUUGUGAAAACAGUGUUAAUUAGUUAAUUAAACCAACAAAAUAUAGUAUGGAUGUUUUUA